AGUUCCUGCUCCGGUGACAUUGGAGAAGAACGCGCGGGAUCCGCAUCAACGUAACGUUGGCGGCCAUCUACUGCGUUGUGCACCUUGCAAGUGCCUGCAGGUGCACACCACCUCCUGGUGCGCGAGUUCUAGUGAGAUCGCUUACUGAGACGACGUCGAAGUGUUAUAUAGGGACAAUAUAUUGUUUUCGGUGUGGUUUUGAUGUGAGUUAACUAAUUCAGUUCAAGUUUGAUGUUAUAAAUUGUUAACAAUUUCAUCGGCCUCCUCUUUUUAACAGCUUUGAUGUCCUAUAAGACAAUCUUCAAGUAUUAUUUGCUAAGAAGUUGAUUAACCAUUCACUGACGUGUCUUAAGUCUAAAUAUGGCAGGACGGUGGGAAGAUUUGGUUACGAAAUUAGGAAGUGCUAUUCCUCGAUCAACACCCGCAACCAUCCUCGGAACAUUCAAAACUAAAGUAUCAACUACCAGGACGCAUCAACCGAUACUGAAUAAAUUGUGGACAUUGUCCCGUUAGCGUCUCCCGUCCCGGAUGUCCCACCACGGGAUGUUACGAAGGGACACCUCUACUAUGCUUAUCUACAGCCUUUCUAACGAUGAUUCGGAGAUAGUGUUCACUUUGAGAUCGCUAGCUCAGGCCAGUAUCAUUUUUGUUAUGGCACUGGCUAUUAUUAUUACAAAUGUUCUCAUUAUUGCUACAUUACUAAAUUUCAGAGGACCUUCUGAGGUAAUAAAUUAUUACUUGCUUUCCUUAGCCGUAGCAGAUUUACUAUGUGGCCUUCUAGUUGUACCAUUAUCAGUAUAUCCAGCGGUCGUAAACGAGUGGGUCUAUGGAGACAUUAUCUGCCGAUUGAUUGGUUAUCUAGAAGUUACCCUUUGGGCUAUCACUGUUUAUACUUUUAUGUGGAUUAGUGUAGAUCGAUAUUUAUCGGUGAGAAAACCGUUGCGGUACGAAACGCUCCAAACUAAAACCAGGUGCCAAUGCUGGAUGGCCUUCACCUGGAUAUCAGCAGCGAUGCUUUGUUGUCCUCCUCUCUUAGGUUUCACGAAACCUCUCUUCGAUAAGGAAGCCUAUAUCUGCAUGCUCGAUUGGGGUAGCAUGGCAGCAUAUACUGCUACUCUAUCAAUCCUUAUCCUAGGGCCGAGCCUCAUCACAAUCGUUUAUACUUACACUUAUAUCUUUAGCAUGCUGCGGAAGAUCAAAACUGGGUAUCCUUUUCAUGAUAAGGAGUAUGCUACUGCUUUAUCGGAGAAUCUGUCAAAUCCCAGUCACAUGAUGUCAUUCACAUUAGUGGUGGCGUUCUGGUUAUCUUGGACACCAUAUAUAGGGGUUAAGUUGUAUGAAUAUUUCACUGCACCUCUGGAGAAUCAUCAGACUCUCCAUUUUGGUAUUGUUUGGUUGGGUUUCCUGAAUUCGUUCUGGAAAUCCGUGAUUCUGAUAACACUCAGUCCACAAUUCAGGUUGGCACUUAGGAUUUUCUGUAUGACGAUUUGUUGUCGAUAUAAAGGUCGACUUCAAGCAGAGCUGAUAGGUAUGGAUGAUGACUGACUACUCCGCUGCUUUCCCGCCAUCAAUUUUCCUAUUACAGGCAUCGCUGUGAGAGACUACGAAUAUUUUAUAGGUAAAAUAAGAAGAUACUGGUGCCAAUUUUCGCGACAUGAACAUUUUCAGCGAUGACUUGUUUGGAAAAUUUAAAUGUGAUUUUUUUAUGAACGCCUGUAUUUGAAUUAAAUCGUUCAAGUCAAUUAUCAUAGAUGUAGUUAUAUAUAACGUCUCCAAAUGUGAGGGACAAUUAUCGAAUUAUUUCAACCCCCUUCGAUUGGACCCUUAAAAUAAAAACGAAUAGGAUAUUUUACAAAUCAUUUCAAAAAAAUUAAUAAAACAUAUUUUAGAUUUUUAUGCAAUACUUGAAUAUUGUCUUUAAUUGGCUUGGAAGGAAGCAUUUAGUCAAACCCUCGGAUAUUUCUCCGUAUGUUCAUAAAAACUUGACAGCUCUUUGUGACAACAGACUUCAGCUUGUGAUUAGGCCUACCAAAGUCUUUACCUCCCCUACCUAACCUAACCAAUUUCCCUUUCAACGGUUGAGUUGAGCUUGGCAGUAUCUAAUAAUCCAGAACAACUCUAGCGAGUUUUAAACAGUCUUAUUGAGUGCCUGGGAAUGCUAUGUCUAUGCAGAUGUACACACUAAUUUGAUGGAUUUUUAAUUGAUUCAAAAAAGAAUAGUCCAGGCAAUAAAGCUCAAAAAAAGGCGAAACUUUGCAAUUUUUUUCGUCCUGCUUCGAUUCGUACAAAAAUUUGGUAUUAGACUCAUUUCACCCUCUAGUUCAUUUUCUAUAUUGCGCAUUUGUACGCUUUUUGUUUUUUAAGAGUGAAAGCUACCCUUAAUUGUAAGAAAUUAUAAAAUAAAAUUUUAAACCUUAAUAAGGGUAAAAUUUGGCUUGGAUUAGUUGAAUAUGGAUUGUUUUAUACUGUAGGAUACAAUUUCAUAAUAUUUCAACCCUUAAAAAACUCCAAAAUAAUAUAUACGGAUAGAUCCUUGAAUUACAAAACAGAAGAAUUAGAAAACUGUAGUAUUUAGCAUAAAAAGAAUUUUCUAUAUUUCGAUUUGUUUUCAUAAAUAUAACAAACACAAUUGAAUAAUUGUGCUAUUUCUUUAAAAGUCUAGAAAAUACACUGGUGAGGAAAUAACGAAAUAUUAAUGUUUCUUUUUCUCUGUUUUUCGAUUUAAAAAGAAAAAGUGGAACAAAUAUUAUGUAUUAUGGCCAAAUAUUCCGGUUAUUUAGAUUACUACGCUCCGAACCGGGCUAUUUUCUAAAAAAAAUUGGGUUUAUAAACAUAGCUCCUUCAUUUUUGUUGAUAUAAAGUUUUUUCAAACAUAAUUUGGUAAGACUUUUGAAGAGCUACAAGCUUAUAUGAAUUAAAUUCCUCAAUAUCCCUCAAUUUUUAAAUGGGGUGAGUUUAAAAGGGUCGGAUAAGGUGGUCUUCGCUUGUGAACAGAGGUUUUUAACGGCUAUAUCACGCCAAAUAUCCACUGUGAACAAAACCUAUACAAAGUAAAAUUAUAGUCAUUAAAGAAGCUACAAGUAUUACUUUAUUUUUUCCGUAUCUUUAGUACUUUCGGAGAUAUUUUGAAGUAAAGGGUGAAAAAUAUCUCCGAAUCUCCAAUUUCUCAAUUUCUCUAAAAUUACGCAUUUUAAAUUGAUCGAACUUCUUGACGCUAUUGAUAAAACAUAUAUAAAGAGAAUAUAAAUGACACCACAGAUUAAUAAUAAUAAUAAUAAUGUCGCACCGCAGAAAUGUUCUUUAGAUAAUUUUGUUGGGCUGGAUCAGUCUCCAUGAUCCAUCUCUACACUUUCACGCUUAUUUUCCACCCUAAAUUUCAAUUUACAUAUUCCAUCUAUUUUAACCAUUUUUCCUAGGUCUUUCUUUACCACCAAGAUCUUGUCGCUCCGGUCCUGCACCCAAAAUUGGCAGGAUUUUAAAGAUUUUUAUAUUUUCGCUAUUUCCAUUGAUAAAAGUUAUAUUAUGGAAAAUUUCGAAAUAAAAGACUAUCUUAACAUAUUAUUUAUUCAAUAAAAUAAUCCAUCAAAUAGAAUUGAAUUAUCUAAAUCUAUUGCUUAAAAAGCUUAGAAACAAUAAUUCACACUCCAAAACUUGCUGUAAUUGAAUGAAAUAACAUUCUGAUUUCUAAUUUCACUGAUGUAGGUGAUUAUGAUGUGUCAUUUAAUCAAAUAAAAAUCAAUUUACGAAAUUAUCUCGACGUUUUUAGGAAGAAAAUGCAUUUAAAUAUCCUUACUUGUGUUCUUACAAGUGAUAAUAAAUCAAUAUUAAAUAAUUUUUAAUCAACACGAUCACUAUAAAGCACAAAAACAAAUUAAUAAAUGCAUAUAGACGAACCAAAAGUGUGAAGAUCUAUUUUUGUUAGGGGAGUUGUUUUUACUAAUUUUAGAACUGAUCUUAAGUCGCUCAAUUUUAAUGCUGGAGACUUUUAUUUUAAAGCUCUAAUAAUAUACUCUAAAAAAGAUUUAUGAAUUUUCCUCGUUAUUUAGCUUUGAAUCUUUCAAAUUAACAAAUUAACCAUCAAAAUGCCGUAUCUCGGUUCGUGUUACACGUAGAAAAAUUAUAAAAAAAAGAGUUUUAUUUGUUGUUUUAAAAGCUAUAAUUUUGCUUUCCAUGGUUUUUUGAUAAAAAGCAACUUUUUCGAGUUAUUAGCGAAACAACCUUUAAAAAUGUAGUUUUUUCCAUCGAUUCCUGUAGUCGGAAUGUGAAAAAAAAUUUCACACGAUAUAUAAAAAUGAUCCUUGGGCUAUUCCCUACCUUCUGUGAAAAUUUCAAGUACAUCCAGGCAGGACGAAAAAAUUGCGAGUUAAAUUGUUUUAUUACCUGGACUAGAAGUACCAAAUAUUAUUUACACCAUGGAUAACUUUCCAUAAUUUUGUAAAAUACAACUCGACAUACCACAAUUCAUCUACAAUUUCUACAAUCGUACCGUUUUUUAACAUCACCGCCAUUUAGAAGGUUAUUGAACUUUUAUUUAUCGUAUACAGCUGGAUACUUUUUCAAUUUCAUUCCAAAGAGAUACUUUUUCUUCUUUCUAAUCUCCAUAGACAAUACAAAAUAUUCUAUACUCUAUAGAAAUAUCAAAAAGAUUAAUCGAUGAACAGGAAAGAAUUGAAUUCUAUAAGAAAGAAAUGUUUUUAAACUUGCUAUUCCUAAUGCUGUUAAUGCUAAUGUUAAUUAUAUGCUGAUCUAAACGUAUUUAAAAGUAGCAUUAGUUGAAAGUUUAGUUUACAAAUUUGAACGCAAUAUUUGGAAAUUAAAUAGAAGUUAUUUAAAAAAAAAUAGUAAUAAAGACAAUAUGAGAGUAAAACCAAAAAAGUAGGUUGAUCCAUAUAACAGAUGGUACUUCAAUUAUUUUUUUUUCUAGCAGAACUGAUAAGCCUACAGUUUUUAUAUUGAGGGACUAAAUUUUCUGUUGAUAAUUCUAUUACGAUGUUUUAAUAUAAUUUUACAUUCUCGUAACAUUCCUGUAAACGUGACUCUAUUAUAUCAAGUAAAUAUUAAACAAUUCCAAUAGUUUCGUAAUUUCAUAAUUUUUUUUAUGUAAAUCCCGAUUUACAUCUAUGUUAUUUUUUUAUUCUAUCAAACGAAAAAAAUUAAUACGUCGGCAGUAUCAAAUUCUUUUUUCUAUCUAAGCUUCCUUUUUUAAAAACCUUUCCUAAAUUGAAAUAUCGUUUUUAUUAAAUUAAAAAUAUAUCCAGUGGGUCUGGAAGUGGAAAUAAAUCAACAGAACUUCAAAAACGUAUUAUCGAGAGCUCAAAGGAUUCUACAUGCUUUUACCUUCUGACACACGUUUGAGAUAUAAGUUAGAAACUUGUUUUCUCAUUCCCUGCAUCUUCUAUGGUGUUCCAUCGACUUUUGUUAUACUAUAUUUUCAUUCAAACAUUGAAUUUUGUUUAAUAAAAUUUUAAAAAGUGCAAUGGUCUAGGGAAGUUGGACCUCCAACUACAAUUUUCCUGAAUUCUCUGAUAAUUUUCGGUGGAGCUUGCAAGCACAGCGAAAUUCAUUGGUGAGAAUUGCACUCGUCACAAUCUUAAAUUCAUGGAUUCAUUCAUUCAUUUUUUAAACAGUGGUCACGAGGAACUGAAUAUGGUGAGUAAAGCGGAUAUACACAAAAAGAAAAACUUUUGGCAUCCAAAAGCUAAAGAAUCAAAGACGAUUUUUAGCAAGGCACUGAAUCGUUUCAUUAGAAAAACUUGUAAAAUUCGGAGGUUGCAAGUUGUCCUCGUGGAAUGGAAAAAAUAAUUACCGUGACCCUAUAUUGGAAUUUGAUUGAUGAACCUUUUUAGAACGAGUGAGUUAAGUGUUUUGGAAAUAGGUUUCAAUCGAAAACAAGAUGUCGGUAGACGUUAGAAAGCGCUCAAUCAUCUGGUUUACGAAUUGAAUCCUCUAACCAGCAUCCUGAAGCUUCAGAUCUUGCACCAAAUGAUUUUCAUUCGAUUCAUUUGUAACAGAUUUUCUUAAGUUAUAAGUCAACCCUGUAGAUCAUUAUCUUUGAUGGUUUUUCUGUCUCUACUUUGUAUGGUACAUAUUUUCAUUAUUUCUGUUCAUUUUUGCUCUUUUUCUAAAUAUUCUGACUGGGGUUUUUCCGCCACGUUUCCCAAUAAUAUAUGAGAAAGUAGAAGAUUCAAGAUCAAUUCUAGUGCAGCCUUCGGACGUUUUCUAGCAACUUCGGCUGUAAAUAUUGACGCGUGUUUGUAGUUUCAAGAGAUUUUCAAGGAAUUUUGGACGAGGGUGGCUCAACAAAGGAAAGACAAAAAUUUUAGCUUGACACACUUUUCCCAGCUAUGCUCAGUAUUUAUGGCUGCCAAACAAAUAACAAACAAUUUGUCGAUUUUCUAAUAUAGUGGUGACUUUCAAGCAACUACCGCCAUCUCUAGAUCAGGCCAGGUACUGCUAUACCUCAAUCUUUUCUGGGAAGUUUCUUUAUACUAUAAACUUUUGGCGUCCAGAAACUAAGACAUCAAAGACGAUUUUUAGCAUGGCACUGCAUCGUUUCAUUAGAAAUACUUGUAAAAUUUGGAGAUUGCAAUUGUUAGAAUGAAUGAGUUAAGUUACUAACUUUCCAUUAAGAAUUUUUAUCUCACGGUCAUAUUCAUAGUAACAGUUUUGGUAAUGGAAUCCGCCUCUUCAUGAAGACGAUCCCUCAAUUCAAUAACGUACAGGAUCUUACUAAAGCCACCUUUAGUAAGAUUCUGUAUCCUCAUUAACAGACUGACAAGCCGGAAAUAUUCACUAUAAAACUAGUUCGUUCAUAAUAUUCAAUACAUUUCAUACUAUUUUAUCCCAAACUGGUUUUUUAGAAUUUGUUGUUGUCGAAGUACGAAUCAAAAUUAAUUUUUCUUACUACAAAAUCUGUUUACUUGAUAUUGAAUAAAGUCAGCUCUCAUUUUAUAAAGUUUAGAAAAACCAGGGCUUAACACCAAUUAGAUUAUUUAAUCAAAAACAUACCUAAACACUAUAUCUAGAUAUUUUUUAGUAAGAACGUUUUUUUCCAAUUAAAAUUUUAUGCUUCAUGUUUGUAGAUUGUAAAAAAAUUGUUUGUGACAUCGGAAUUUAGGUUUGCUAAAAUUCCUCAUCAACAAACAGAGUGGCAGAACAUCUAUUAAAACCAGUGAGAAGUUUCGAUUUUUAAAAACGAGAAAUCAAGUUUUCAAAAAUCGAUUCCAUUUAUGGGUUCCUAUUGAAUUGCUACAGAAUCGAAUACCAUAUUAAUAAUCGAUCUCUAUUCUUUAUAAAGAGACAUCAUUUCUGAUCCCUUUAAAAUAGUUAGAAUUCUUUUACAAGAAUCGAAAACUAUUUUCAAAAAGCAUUAAAAACUUUUAGUCACAAAGCAGCAGAAACAAAUAGAAAUCGUUAGCAGUCGUUCAAGAUCGUUUUAACGAGAAAUUCUUUAGAUGUUUUACCAGAAAAUAUUUGUUUAUUAUAGAUCAUAUAGGUAAUACUUUGAACUGUUCCGACUAAGGAAGACAGAAAGACAACGAUUUCUCUAUCCUCCGAGAUUCCAGCUAGGUUCUGCGCAUUCUCAAGCAUGCGCAGUAUAGAUAAAGUGUCUCUAACGAGAGAGAAAAUGAAUAUUGUCGGCACCGUAACGUAGGGAGAUUUUUUCCCAUACUAACUGUCCAUAUAGGAGUAUUACAUAAAUGGUAUAAAUUCUUAUUUGGUUAAUUUGUUCAAUAUAUAUUUCGCAAUAAUGAUAAUCAAAACAGAAAUAUAUAAAUUGUUGCAUAUGCUCGAUAGGCGUGUACGCAAUCAAACUAAAUUGUUAUCAGAAAUAAUCAAAAAGUAAUAAUGAAGCUGUUAUAUAUUUAAUAUUUAUAACUCAGAUUGAAAAACUAGUGUAGCUCAAGUUAUUUUGUCACUUUUACCACAUAUUCGAUUUAGCCCAAAAAUAAUUUCGAAAAAACGGGAUAUCGUAUCAAAACAUCUUUAGAAUUGAUGACUGAGCUUGCUCGGUAGUUUUUGAAAUUUGAAACUCCGUAAUUUUAAUAAUAAGACGGACAUAUGCAUAUUAAUUCGAGAUCUAAAGGAAAAAAUGAUAAAGUUCCGAAAAGAUGAACUUGAUUUUGCUGAAAUUUCUGCAAAAGAUUGUCUUUGGUUAGAUACGAUAAUCCCUAAAAGGAUUUUUAUUGACAAAGCCCCCACAACAAUUUUACUAAAAAAUCUCCGAAAAAUUUAUUUUUCAGAAAAAAAGAGUUUCAAGUUAAAAAAGAAGUUCAUAAAAAGCCCUACAAAAUAAGUAUUGUACGUUUUUUGGCUGUUAUAUCCCAAAGCAUACUGGUAGGAAUCAAAUGAUGUUUUUCCGAUCAAAUCCUAUUUCUUUAAACUAGGAGUUGCUUUGGCAAUAAUUUCAGCAGAAUCGGGAGGCUCAUCAUUUCGGAACUACACCCGUAAAAGACAUAGAGGACGUUUCAUUUGAAAACUUCGAGAUUGCAUUAAUUUUUAUUACAGUAAUAAUCAUACUGUGUGAAAAUUUAACUGAUACCGAACUAAUUUUAUGAAAA